AUGCCGUGCGGCGCCCGCGACAAGCGCCGCUCAGGUCACCGCUGCAUGCGUUGCCAGAAAGACCAUGUGAAGUGUGACGGCCACCGGCCCUGCUCAUACUGCAGCGCCCGCGGCAUCAAUUGCAUCUCCCCGCCGCCUUCCGCCAGUGAUAUCACCAUUAUAGAAUACGCAAACAAGAAGCCCGCCCGCCGCCCCACCACCCAGCUUCAGAAGGCCCUGGUCCAGGACUCCUGGCGCUACACCAGCGCCUUCUUCCAGGCCAUCGGCAUGUCCGCCUCGCCCAUCAUGUCCGUCUUCUCCUUUGACUCCAUCGGCGGCCUCUCGCAUGGCAAUGAGCUUGUCAGCAGGACCGUCUCGGUUGUUGGCGGCAUGUACGCCAGCCGCAACUCUAAUUUGCUCGCUCUGAACGCUGCCGAGAAACGUGACAUCCAGAAGGCCUAUCUGGCCCUGAAGAGGACCGUUGAGGAGCAAAUGCGAGGCACCCGCAGUAACCAGUACAAUGCCGUGCUGCUGUGUGCCUCUUUAUCCGGCUUCAAUGAGCUGCUUUCCGACAAGACAGGGAAGACGUGGCGAGCACUAAUCCGAGAGACGGGCGAGUACGUGCGCCAGAACGGCAGAUCACGCGAGACCCAGGGCGAAUUCGAGUCGGCUCUGACCAGGUUCCUGCGCGCGAGCGAUGCCCUGGGCGCCAUCUUAAUGUGUGAAAACGUAGCGCUGCCCACCUCCCGUCCCAUCUUCACCUUACAAGUCGAGCCCAGCAAAGACGUCUCUCUGUCUCCAGAGCGACGCUGGGAUGCUCUGCUUGACAUUCUAGAGAGAUGGGCCAUACUCCAAUUCAGGGCGCUUUCGUGGGCUGUCGAGGCCGAAGGACACGGGUUCCCAUCGAUCGACGAUGUCGAUAGGCUGGAGACACAAGCUCUUGCAACACAAAGCAAUGGGUGUGUUUCGUCCCAGCACGCAACAAUAGGCAUCGAGAUAAUCUGUCAAGCAUCGCGGCUACAGCGCGAGAUCAUCACAUCGAUACUGUCUUUUGCAGACCAAGACCCGCAAGAUCUGGAUGCCGGGACGCUCACAACCAUCCCUUACUACCACUGGGGGCUCACCGGCCUCUCCCGACUGUUCCUGCACCCGGCGUGGUCGGCGCUCAAGUGCGAGCUUCCGGUCAUGGACGAUGAGAUGAUUCGCAAACAAGCCAUCGCAGCGCUAGACUACGCCGAGGGACGGCUGAGCAGAGUCGAACUGGAAGCCAUCAUGUACAUGCCCAUCACGCACCUGGUCGGGCUGGAGAUGAAGGCAGUCGAGGAGCGCAAGCGGGUGUUGGACUUCCUGUCGGUCAUCAAGAACAAGGGCUUCGACAUCGCCGCCACCUUCGAGUCGGACCUGCAGACUGCAUGGACGGGGAAGGCGGCAAGCUGCGAGCCGAAGUGCUGA